GCUGGAGUGAGCAGAAUGAGGAGAGUUAUGGCUGUGAUGGCUCUGGCUUCCUUGUGGUGCCAUCAGGAUGCUUACCGUAGGUCCUUUGCUCAAUCUGUGCUGAGGUUCUUAGGCUUCAUCUUCUGGGGUGCUGCUGUAGCUCAUAUGUUUGGUGGAGUUGCAGUGAUCCUGAUUUUCAAGAACUACAGAUAUUUGUUUCAGGAGGCUUACUUGUCUCUCCCUGGUUGGUUGGCUCUUGUAACUGCACUUAUAUUGCUACCUACUGGAGUUUUGGCUGUCUCUAUUUCUGUUAAGAGUUCCUGCAAUCAGCAAGGGACUUUGAUGUACUUGCUGCUGCUCCUCCUUUGCUUAGAAAUGUCUUCAGUAGCUCUGGCACGUUCCUACUGUGUUAGGACAGCUUCUCCGCUGGAAAGUGCUAUCAGUUACCUUGUUCACCAGCACAACUGGACAUGCUCUCAGGAUCCUGGAAGCAGUGCUGUGGAUGAGAUACAGAGGAAGCUGCACUGUUGUGGGGUCCACAACUACACAGACUGGCUAAAGGCAUCAUCUCUGCAUCAUCCAACUUGUGUCCCUGAAAGCUGCUGUAAGGAGAAGCAUUCCCUCUGCAGGGGAGACUUAGGCCAUGUGGAGCAGCUUUCUGAGGAAGGCUGUCUAAAGAAGCUGGAAGACCAGUUGUGUUUUUCCAUGCUCUACAUUUUUUGGUCUUGUAUUGUGCUAAGCAUCCUGGAGAUCUUGGCUGCUGUCAGCAAUUGCAUCCUCAUGAGACGUCAGCCAUUCCGUGAACUUAGUAUGCUGGACUCGUAUGUCUUCUCACAGUACUAUAUGUACUAGCUGCUUUGCUGGACCUUUUCCUACAUGUUUUCUUGGCUUUUUACUACUUUGUUGUUGCAUUGGAAGAAAAUUUUUAAAAAUUGUAUAAAUAAUAAUAAUAAUCAUGAAUCAAA